AAGUGGGAAUGUGUAAGGUGUUUGUUUGUUUAACAUGAACAUGCAAGAAGCACUUGUAUUGACCACAGCAAUGCCCCCAUCAUCUUCAUCAUCUUCAUCAUCAUGGACCCAUCAUUGCAACAAUCUCUGUAACUGCAAACACGCUCCAUCCGCCACCUUAGACCUUCUCAUCCUCCUCCUUGUUCUCUUCUCCGGCGCUUUCCUCCUUUCCUCCUAUUUCUCCUACAUCUUCAACUCCCUCUCUCUCCUCCUCCCUUCUUUCUCUCUCCCAAUCCCUUACCUAAUCGGAUUCAUCUUCUUCUUCGCUGUUUCCGUUUUCUCUGUCGAGUUAUGUUGCGGUUCAAGAUCUCGUAAAUGUAAUAGGAAAGGUUGUAAGGGACUUAAGAAAGCUACCGAGUUUGAUUUACAGAUAGAGAGAUUCGGUUCUGGUUCUGGUUCUGGUUCUGGAUUAGGGUUGGGUGAAUAUGAUAAACUUCCUUGGAAAGGUGGAACUGAAGGAAAUCCUGAUUAUGAGUGUCUUAGGUCUGAAUUGAGGAAAAUGGCUCCGAUUAAUGGUCGUGCACUUUUGCUUUUUAGGGCUCCUUGUGGUUGUCCUAUUGCUAAGCUUGAAGCUUCUGGUCCUAAGAAAGGAAAGCGUCAUAAGAGGUCUCCACAGAAUGCGACUCUUAAUGGAGGAGGAGAUCAUCGUUGAUCCACCGCGCUGGCAUCUUAUUACAUAUAUUUAAACCAUUAUCAUUCUUAUGGUUACCCAUUUAUUGGAAAGUUUCUGAUCAGAACAAUUUUUGUAAGAAAGAAAAUAGCAAUUAGUGUUAAAAAUCCUUCCUUGUAUCUCUGCACUGUCCAUGAGUGUCUAUAAACUUUUGAAGGAUCAUACAGAAUUGACUCCAAUAAACAUGUGGUUCAUUGUUGUUCCAUUUCAUUGGUUGUAAAA